AUGGCGCGCUACAAGGUGGACAUCGCCGCACUCAGCGAGACCCGCUUCUCCGAAAAAGAUCAACUGGAGGAGGUGGGUGCCGGCUACACCUUCUUCUGGAGCGGUCGACCUAGGGCAGAGCGACCGGACGCGGGUGUCGCCUUCGCCAUCCGGAACGACAUCGUGGGACGACUACCCUGUUUGCCGCAGGGCAUCAACGAUCGCCUGAUGAGCCUCCGCCUGCCUCUCUGGGGAGGCAAAUUCGCCACCAUCAUCAGCGCCUACGCUCCGACGAUGACCAACCCCGACGCCGUCAGAGACAAAUUCUACGAGGACCUGCACGCCCUCUUGGCGACUGUGUCGAAGGCGGACAAGUUGAUUGUCCUUGGUGACUUCAACCCCCGCGUCGGCACAGACCAUACUGCCUGGAGAGGAGUGCUGGGUCCCCACGUUCUCCGCGGCUCAAACGACAAUGGUCUGCUGCUUCUCCGCACCUGCGCAGAACACCGCCUCAUCCUGACGAACACCUUCUUCUGUCUGCCGGAGCGAGAGAAGGCCACCUGGAGGCAUCCUCGGUCGCGCCAGUGGCACCUGCUGGACUAUGUCCUCGUCCGGAGGCGAGAUCAGCGGGACGUGCUGGUGACAAAGGCGAUCGCGGGCGCUGACGGGUGGACCGACCAUCGCCUCGUCAUAUCGAAGAUGCGUAUUCGCCUACAGCCUCGCAGGAGACCACAAGGUAAGCGACCCCCAGGUAAGCUGAAUGUUGCCUUGUUGUCUUUGCCCGCUCACCAUCUUCAUAUCAGCAAUGAGCUAGCUCAAAGGCUAGACAACCUUCCUAUCGCUGCCGACGCCGCCGCUGCCGAGAACGCCUCCGUGGAGAACCGCUGGUGUCAACUGCGAGACACGGUCCAGUCGACGGCGCUCGCCGUCCCCGGUCGCGCUCCCCGCCAACACCAGGACUGGUUCGACGACAACGACGCCGCCAUCAGAAAUCUGCUAGCUGAGAAGAACCGCCUACACAAAGCCUACGUAGAUCACCCAAUGGAUGCCACCAAUGCUGCCUUCUACCGCAGUCGCCGCCAGCUUCAGCGACGACUGCGCGAGAUGCAGGACGCCUGGACUGCUCGCAAAGCUGAGGAGAUCCAAGGCUACGCGGACCACAACGAAUGGAAGAAUUUCUUCUCUGUGAUCAAAGCUGUCUACGGUCCGCCGACGAAGGGCACUGCUCCUCUCCUCAGCGCCGACGGCAGUACUCUCCUGACUGAGAAGACGCAAAUCCUGCAGCGAUGGGCCGAGCAUUUCCGAGGCGUCCUUAACCGCCCUUCCGUCAUCUCGGACGCCGCCAUCGAGCGUUUGCCGCAAGUGGAGACCAACGUGGACCUCGAUCUCCCGCCAUCUCCCCAGGAGACCAUCAGGGUCGUGAAGCAGCUCUCCAGCGGGAAAGCACCCGGAUCGGACGCAAUCCCUGCUGAGGUCUACAAGCACGGAGGUCCCCAACUGAUGGAUCACCUGACUGCGCUCUUCCAAGAGAUGUGGCGUCAAGGUGAAGUCCCGCAAGAUUUCAAGGACGCAACCGUUGUGCAUCUCUACAAGCGCAAAGGGAAUCGCCAAGUCUGCGACAAUCACCGCGGCAUCUCUCUGCUGAACAUCGCCGGGAAGAUCUUCGCCCGCAUCCUUCUUAAACGCCUCAAUAACCAUCUGGAACAGGGCCUUCUGCCGGAAAGCCAAUGCGGCUUCCGUCGUCAUCGUGGGACCACGGAUAUGAUCUUCGCCGCCCGUCAACUUCAGGAGAAGUGUCAGGAGAUGCGGACCCACCUGUACUCUACCUUCGUGGACCUGACGAAAGCCUUCGACACGGUGAAUCGUGAAGGACUGUGGAAGAUCAUGCAGAAAUUCGGCUGUCCGGAGCGAUUCACUCAGAUGGUGCGUCAGCUGCACGACGGUAUGAUGGCGCGAGUCACGGACAACGGAGCUGUCUCAGAGGCAUUCGCAGUGACCAACGGAGUGAAGCAGGGCUGUGUGCUGGCGCCUACCCUCUUCAGUCUUAUGUUCUCUGCCAUGUUGAUGGAUGCCUACCGCGACGAACGACCCGGGAUCCGCAUCGCCUACAGGAAGGACGGUCACCUCCUGAAUCAACGGCGGAUGCACUUUCAAUCGCGCGUAUCCACAACCACCGUUCACGAACUCCUCUUCGCCGACGACUGCGCCCUGAACACCACCUCGGAAGAGGAGAUGUAA